UGUACAGUAGGAAAAUCACCUUCAAAUGCUUAUCGCAUAUCUCUAAAGUGUUAUGCAUAGGGCCUAUCUUAUUGCAAACGUAAGCACAGGGGUGCACAUUUAGUCAUGGCUUCAGUUAGAUCAAGGAAACAAGGGUUAGGCAAUCGUGUCAGUUUUGUCAAAAACGAAAAUACGCUGUCACAUGAGAAGACUGUCAAGGUUCACAGUGGCAAAAAUGGCUUUCACACUGACAUCUGGUUAAUCCUUAUGAUAGAGAAUUGGAUCUUGGAUUUUGGAAGGCCCAUUGCGAUGACGUGGGUGCCGUUAGAAUUGUCUCCGCUGAAUCAGCCAAGCAUUGGAGACAUCUUUCACAUGGCGUACAACGUGAUUACGCCAUAUUGUCUAUUAAAGCUUUUAGAACGAAGUCACCGUAAAAUCCCGACAAGCUUCAGUUACCUUACUGUCAUAGUGUUCGUUAUGGGAGCUAGUAUCCACUUAGUUGGAGAUUCCAUUAACCACAGGCUUAUUCACAGUGGCUACCAACUCCACUUGUCGGUCAGGGAUAAUCCUAUUAUGCAGAAACUGGAGCCAAAGUCACUGAUCGACUCAUUCGAACUGCUUUAUAUGUAUGAUGAAGAAAUUGGGCACUGGAUGUGGUAUGUGCCGUUUUUCGUCGCCCUCUACCUUUACUUCAUUGGCUGCUUUGCCAAAAAGACCAUGAAAUGUGAGGCGAGGAACACUGGGAUGAACAUUACUGCAUGUCUGCUCGUGUUACCCAGUGCGCUGUACUAUUGGUACCUUGUCACAGAAGGGCAGAUAUUUCCAUUAUUCUUGAUUUACUACGGGUUAAGCAUUGCACUCAUCCUGUACGAAAAAGCGAGGGGAGAAUGCUUUCUUGACGUCAACGGGAGGUUUUUGAUGUACACAUUCACUGUCACUUUGUUACUUGUCGCAUUGUGGAUAGGCUGGUUAUGGUCAGACAGAGUGAUGAGACAGAAAUAUCCAGGAUUUUUUUAUGUGCCUGAACCAUGGGCAUAUUAUACUGCCAAUUUUAAAAUUCUACAUUAAAAUAUUUAUUACGCUAAUUUGAGUUCCAUGCUCUUUUUGGAUUUAAAUAUCCAAGUCGUGUUUACCUCAUGUAACAGAAAAUAAAGAUUGUCUCGUCAAAGUCUUGAAAUAAUUUUACUUAUUUGUAUCAGCUUCUUUUGAGAGAAACAGCCAUGUUAUAAAUAUCUUUCAAAGCCAGUCGGAAAUAUCUAAUAAACGUUUGCUCAAUAACACAAUUCACGAUUGUCUUUAACUCCAGUUUCUUCCAAUAGGUGGCAGAGUAAAUUUUUAUGAAGGUCAUUUAUCAAAUCUUGUCAUUUCUUUAAAUCAUGACUUUUCUCUAAGAGUUUCUUAAGAAUCGGUG